UACCUUCUUCCGUUGACUUAAAUAUAGAAUUAGUCCUAAAUUUUCCGUUAAAAACAGUUCUCUGUCUAGCGAGUAACUUCAAUAGUUCAUAGUUCUUCAAGAGUUCUAGUCAUGGACAUUAGUCGGAUUCUUCAAUCGCUUUCGCUGUGGCUAAUUUUGGUGACCAUAGUGCACGCUGGAAAUGGAUCGUUUGUAGAGCUCGAUCAGCGCAUUGCGGCAGUAAGAGAUCUUUUGGUACAUCUGGAUCGUUCCCGACAGCUUCUGGUGCUAACCUGUUGGUCGCCCUCGGUUCGAUAUGCGCUCUGGCAAACUAUCCGCAAACACACGAACCACUCCAGCACCAUAUCCGUUCGGUUCGGCCCGGUUGACACACGCCAUCUUCCCUGGCACGAACGUAAUCAACAUCAAACCGUGAUCGUAGUCGAUCUUUCCUGUCCCGGAACAGACAUUCUUCUUGAAAAUGCCAAUCAAUUGCUUUAUUACCGUGUCCGUUGGAUCGUGCUAGAAAGUGUCUAUGACGAGAGCACUAUCAAUGGUUGGAAAAGCUGUACUAAAGAUUCGCUGCUCGAUCGACUUCCGCUGUUGAUCAGCAAUGAGCUGUUUUAUUUCUGCACCGACGUCGCAACCGGACGCCACCUGGUACGACAACAGUAUCGUCUAUCCGCUGCAAGCUCUUCAACUCCGAUUUACGAAACAUUUGGUGUUUGGGAGCCGGAACUUGGCAUUCACUUGGAGUCUCCUAUCGUACGAGCUCCGGUAACAUCGGUGAGAAGGCAAAAUUUUCAACAAUUUCAACUGCGUGCUUCUCUCGUCAUUCUUCACAAUGAAACGCUUAACCACCUGGAUGAUCUUCAUAAUAAACAUAUUGACACGAUCUCACGCGUGAACUACCUGCUCACGAAAUCGGUCGCACACGCACUGAAUGCGACGGUAAGGUUCACCAUCGUAGAUACGUGGGGAUAUCGGGAUCAGGAAACGGAUCGCUACAAUGGUAUGAUCGGUGAGCUGCAAAGCGAUCUUGCCGAUCUAGGCGGUACGUCUAUGUUCUUCACGCAGGAUCGCAUCAAGGCGGUGGAUUUUCUUUCGAUGACCGCUUCAACACGGGCUAGUUUUGUGUUUCGAGCACCAAAACUUUCCUUUACCGAUAACGUGUUUGUGCUGCCGUUCGAUCAGUACGUCUGGUACUGUACGGUUAGUUUCAUCCUGUUGUCCGGACUGUUGCUGCUGGUGGUACUGCGAACCGAGCAGCGAUAUAAUGUGAGCACUAGUGCUGAGCGUAACAGCACGACCACCGUCACCGGGUUGUCCGACACGCUGUUAAACGUGUUCGGUACAACGUGUCAGCAGGGAUCUUUUAUAGAACCAAAGACGGCUCCUUCGCGAUGUCUUAUACUGCUCUGUUUGGUGGUGUUGAUGUUUCUGUACGCCAGCUACUCGGCUAACAUUGUCGCACUGAUUCAGUCACCCUCAACGAAGAUACAAACGCUAGAAGAUCUGCUGGCUUCGAGGUUAAGGACAGGUGCGGAGGAUACAGUCUACAACCAAUACUACUUUCGGCAUGAAACAGAACCGAUCCGGAAAGCACUGUACGAACGCAAAAUGAGAAAUAAAGAUGGCACGGAAAACUUCUUACCUCUGGCGCAGGGAGUUGAACUUGUUCGGCAGGGCCACUACGCUUUUCACGUCGAGCAAGGUGUCUGCUACAAAGUAAUCAGUGAAACGUUUCAAGAAGAGGAAAAAUGUGGCCUACAAGAGGUGGAAUAUCUGAAAGUUAUCGAACCGUACUACGCGGUGCAGAAGAACAGUUCCUUCCGUGAGCCGGUACGUAUUAAUCUUUUCAAGCUGCGCGAGUUCGGAAUACAGGGCCGGGAGAAUACACUGCUUUACACGAAAAAACCGCGUUGUGUGGGUGGCAGCAGCUUCAUACCGGUGUCGAUCGUGGACGUUUGGCCCGCACUGGUAACGUUGGGUUGGGGUUAUUUCCUCACCAUAACGAUGCUCGUUACCGAACAUCUUUGGAUUCGUUUGCGUGGUCGAGUGCUACCGACGGAUGGGUACUUUCAACAGUAAAAUCAGUAGUGCAAAAGGAAAGAACUGUACACAAUCGCUUGAUGG